AUGUUUCCAACUUCGCCAAUAACUCCGCGCGUUCUAGAUAGAACCGGUUUGAACUGGAUCAAAACCAGUUUGAAGCGGUCCAAACGCCGCAACGCGCACCGAUUCGCGGGCGAGUCCUCAGCGCACUCCGCGCGCCGUACCCUCAAGUACAUCGGAGACGUUACACAAGACCUACGAUUAAACGGCCCGUCAGUCAAGGCGGGAACCGCGGCAUCGCUGCGGGGAGCGCCGCGAGACGUCCGGGUAGCCCGGUUACACGGGCCCGACCCGGUUAAUUUACAGUGCGCCCCACAAAUUAAUAUCUCCAAUUCGGACCCUUGUCAGCGGUACGGCUGGCGCGAGUCCUGGGAGAACGACAGCGCCGGGAGGACCUUGUCAGAUGCGAGCAAACCUUAU